UAGAACGCCUCCAUCCCGAAACCCCAACCUGCAAGCUGCAAUAUUUGUCUCAGACAAAGCGGGAAGCCAGUGAGAGUUUGGAAUCGAUGUCGGAGAGAGAUGAUGACUCCGAUGCGCCCGAGGAGUUCACCUCCGAGCAGGGCAUGCAACAAGAUGAAGAGAUACGGAUAGUUCAGAGUCGAAAUAAAGCCAGGGUUGCCCGGGAAGGCAAAGAACGCCGGAAGAGGUGGGCUGAAAGAAAAAAGCGACAACCAUCAGAAGGUCAUGGAAGUGUUGAACAUGAAAAAGAACCAGAUCAACAUGAGGAGGGCCAGGAAAUACCUGGAAUGCUUCCGAACGACAUUGUCAAUCUACUUGCAGCUCGUGAGAAGAAAGUCUUCUUGUCAGACUCUGAGGAAGAGAAAGUUGAGGAGAAGCCCCACCCAAAAAAGAAAAGGCACCAAAGCUCUGGGCUGGAGCCUGUGAUUUUGAAAGACAUACCCCCAGCCCAAUGCUUGCAGAACUCCUUGGACUUCUUGAAGCAGAGGAAAAUGCAGGUUUCUAGAUCAUCAUCAGUUUUGAACAACCCCGACCAGGCAUUACGUCUCCUUUCGACAUGCGGCUUACUAAAUAAGAAGUGAGAUGUUAACUGAGCUUUUGUAAUUUUUUCAAUAGUAUUGUAAG